AUGUCAUCAACUCUCGAAACAUUACCGGAUGAAAUUUUAAUGAUGAUUUUUCAAUAUUCAGGCGAUGUUAGUACCAUACUUCGAACAUUUCUUGGUUUAAAUCGACGUUUAAAUAGAAUUCUUAUCGAUAGACGUUUGCAUUUAUUAGGUAAUUACUUAUCCAUUAAUAAACGCGACAUAUCUUCCAAUGAUUAUUAUAAUUCUAAUGUAUUUCAUGAAGUAUCUCAUAAAUUAUUGAUCAUAAAUCACACAAUACAUGAAGAUGAACUCGAUCAAUAUUUUCAAAUGUUAAUAUCAUUUCAUAUACAACAAUUAUAUAAACAAUUAGGAAAUGAAUAUCAAUCAAAUCUAAUAAAAUUUCAAAUUCAACGUCAAUGCCUUACCAAUGAUGAGAUUAUUGAUGUCGAUGAUGAGUUAAAUGAAAUAUUUUUGAAUUUAAAUCAUUAUCCGAUUAAUAUUACUGAUAUAAAUCAAAUCGAAUAUUUGGUUCAUAAAAGAGGUGCACGUCUUCAAUGUAAUGAAUCUGAACAGAGUUCAUUUAAUUUUACUAAAGCAAUUAAUUACUUGUUGUCUCAAGAUGUUUCUAAUAACAAUUGUAAUAAUAAACAAUUUUAUUAUUUGCUAACUCGAAUGUUUAAAACAUUAAUCGUUUCAAAUUAUGAUCUUUUGAAUAAUCGAGAUUUUUAUAUUUAUAGUAUUCGUACUGUUUGGUAUUUUCUCAUUUUUACUGUCUAUCGAGCAUACAAUUAUUGUUAUUCUAAACUUAUUCUACCUAUUAAUAUGGAAUGUUAUCGAGCAGUAGUUAAUUUAUUAUUAUUCUCUAUACAAUGUAAAAAAUUAGAAGUUAACAUUGACGAUUGGAUUCAACAAACUCUUUUCGAUAUAUUAAGAAUGAUAUCUUCUCUUGAAACAAUGGAUAAAUUCGAUAUCUUUUUGAAAAAUACUCAAUGGGAAGUAUUGAAAAUUAUAACUGAUAUGUAUAUUUCAACAGAAACAAUUUCAUGGCACGAUGAUAUGAAUAACAAAUUUCAAUCUAUUCUUGGUAAUUUAUUAGAUAAAAAUCGUGUAGAUAUAAUUCUGUUUAUCUAUCGUCAUAUUGAUCAUAUACGAUAUUUUUUCAAUCAACUAAGUAAUUGUCGUAAUUUCGUUGAUAUAAUGACAAGAAAUCAAUACAAUCGACAAGUAUUUGAAAUACUUAUUGAUGAAAAACCAUUAGAAACUUGGGUUCAAAGUAAAGAAUUAGCAUUUGUAUUAUUAGAAAAGAAAGAACGAAAAUUCUUGGAAAAAAUAUUAAAAUUAUCACCAUUUCUUGUCCAUGAAAUAGAUGAAAAUGGAAAUAAUUUAUUACUUCAUAUCUGUUUAAAAGUUCGUGGUUGUCGACAUCGAAUAGUAAAAUUUCUAAUUACAAUGAAAUCUGAUCUUCAACAAAAGAAUUUUAAUGGUGAAAACUUUUUUGAUGCAAUUCAAUUGAAACGAAAUAGAGAUCUCCUAGAAAAAAUUGAUUUAGGAGAAAUUAUUAUACUUAAUGAUCAACAGGAAAACAAAAGAAACAUUAAAUUUAUAUACAAUUGA